CAUACAAGUUAACCUUCUAUCGGAAAACUAACAUAAAAAACACCCUUCAUUUCACCCAACAUUAAUCAACAAAAUGGCGUCAACAACGGGAGAAACUCAACCCGCGAAACACCAAGAAGUUGGCCACAAGAGUCUCCUUCAAAGCGACGCGCUUUACCAAUACAUUCUUGAAACCAGCGUUUACCCGAGAGAGCCCGAAUCCAUGAAAGAGCUACGCGAGGUCACUGCUAAACACCCUUGGAAUCUCAUGACCACAUCCGCGGACGAAGGACAGUUUUUGAACAUGCUUCUUAAGCUCAUAAACGCUAAGAACACGAUGGAGAUCGGUGUAUACACCGGUUAUUCCCUUCUUUCUACCGCUCUUGCUCUCCCAGAAGAUGGCAAGAUAUUGGCUUUAGACAUAAACCGUGAAAAUUACGAAAUUGGUCUUCCGAUUAUUGAGAAAGCUGGCGUAGCUCACAAGAUCGACUUCAGAGAGGGCCCUGCUCUGCCCCUUCUUGACCAAAUGGUGGACGAUGUCAAGUUCCAUGGAUCAUUUGAUUUUAUUUUUGUGGAUGCUGACAAAGACAACUACCUUAACUACCACAAGAGAUUAAUUGAUCUUGUCAAAAUCGGGGGAGUCAUUGGUUACGAUAACACCCUUUGGAACGGGUCGUUGGUCGCCCCUGCUGAUGCACCCCUCAGGAAGUAUGUCAGGUAUUACCGAGAUUUCGUGUUAGAGCUUAACAAAGCGUUGGCUGUUGAUCCAAGAGUCGAGAUUUGUCAGCUUCCAGUCGGUGAUGGAAUUACCUUGUGCCGUCGUAUAAGUUAAUUAUGUACUCGGUCGUAUAAGGAACCAUUUAACCGAAACAUGAAGCUGUUGCAAGAUGCACCGUGAACUACUCUAAUCGAUUGAUGUUGUUUGACAUUUUCAUUCUCCUUAAAAGCUUGUUCUUUUGUUGAUCAUCGUUUCAUAAUUUGGGUUGUUGUAUUUAUAUGAUCGUUUCAUCAUAUGUACAUCAUUUUCAUGUAUGUUGACAAAUAUUCUACAAGAUGAACAAUAUAUCAAUUCAUAAAAA